UAUGUAUAUUUAAAGCUGGCCACUUUCGCCAAUACGUGGCAUAGGCACGAACAACUUCCACGUUCGCCGCCAUUUUGACAUCCAGCGAAUAGUAGAGACUUCAGUGGAUUGAAGCAUUUUUACUUGAUAUUAAUUAGAGUUUCUCGAAAAAAAAAUACACGGCUUAUAAAACAACAAAAUGGGGAAUAUGUUUGCAAAUUUAUUUAAAGGCCUGUUUGGCAAAAAAGAAAUGAGAAUAUUGAUGGUUGGUCUUGAUGCAGCUGGUAAAACCACAAUCCUAUACAAACUUAAAUUAGGAGAAAUUGUAACAACAAUUCCCACAAUCGGAUUUAAUGUGGAAACUGUAGAAUACAAAAACAUCAGUUUCACUGUUUGGGACGUAGGCGGUCAGGACAAAAUCAGGCCACUAUGGAGGCACUAUUUUCAGAAUACACAGGGUCUCAUCUUUGUAGUAGACAGUAAUGACCGAGAGCGUAUCGGCGAGGCGCGCGAAGAGCUCAUGAGAAUGUUAAGUGAAGAUGAGUUACGAGAUGCUGUACUGCUAAUCUUCGCAAACAAACAGGACCUGCCAAACGCCAUGAACGCGGCGGAGAUAACGGACAAGCUGGGGCUGCACUCGCUGCGCAACCGCAACUGGUACAUCCAGGCCACGUGCGCCACCUCCGGCGACGGCCUGUACGAGGGGCUCGACUGGCUCUCCAACCAGCUCAAGAACGCCAACCGCUAACCUCCUGUGCACCCUCACAGACUAAUCUGAUUACUGAAAGAGACUAUGGUUUAAGAUAUGUUAACUUUAUUUGCUAUAAAUUAAUACGAUGUAUUAUGUGCGGUAUCAUUAAUGUAUUAAGGUAGUAUUCCGAUUUUGGCGACCGCGACGCGCGAACGCGACCUGCGACUGCGAUCUGCGACCGCGCGACCCACUGCUUUAUGAUCGCGCGUCGCGGUCUCCGGCUUCGUUUAGUGCUCCAUAUAAAUUCAUACUAAGCAGUGGGUCGCGCGGUCGCCAAGAACGGAAGGCUACCUUUACUGUGUCACCGGCGGCCCUAUCGCUUGCACCGACGCCCGACGCCGCGUUGACUAUCCGAACUAUGAUAUAUUGAUUUGUACAAAAACAUAGAGGUCGUAUGCUGUACUUAGUGCGAUGCGGUAAUCAGUCAGGGAUUGCGUUUGUACUGUCUCUGAACAAAUAGUGUGUAAUAUGUAAAGAUUGCAAACGUAAGUUUAUUUUUUCGCGUUUUUGAAAAUGUAUCUGUAAACAAAUUUUCUAAUCAAACGAAACGGUGUACAUUAAAUUGAUCGCGCAUUGUGAUGUGGAUAGGUAGGUACAUAAUAUGUGUAGCUGACUCGUGAUAUAAUGAAUCACAGCAUAACUUGUUUUAUAUGUAUACUAUAAUGUGGAAUAAGUUGUCGUAAUAAAGUAUUUAAAGUUAAUUCACUUCAAUGACUUUAAUUCACUAGAGUAGUAUUGCCUGUAGUGGGGGUACAAUUGGAUAUUAAUCAUUCAAAAUAUAUGCCUGAAAAGUAAUAGUACAACUGAUAAAUCCAUUCAUGAGAUAUAAAGGUAGACUUUUGUUCUUGGCGACCGCGACCUGCGACCGCGCGACCCACUGCUUUAUAUGGAGUACUAAACAAAAGUGGUCGCGCGUCGCGGUCUCGGGCUUUGUUUAGGGCUACAUAUAUAUUCAUACUAAGCAGUGGGUCGCGCGAUCGCAGGUCGCGGUCGCCAAGAACGGAAGGCUACCUUAAGGAUGCUCGACACUGUCGGAACCUAUUCACAUCGCUUUGUGGUAGUUUUUCUUACUGACUUCACUUUCCACUUUUGUAUUGUGGUUGUACUCACUUUGAGCGUAUUCCUCUAAUUUGAACUAACUUUUUUUAAUGAUGAUAGAUUAUUGUUUAUCGAAGUUAACUAGGUAGAGUAAGCUGUUAUGUAUUUUACAUUGGAUCACAUUUUAAAAUCAUUUCAGGCGGCGUCUAUCGUUUGUAGAACGGCUCGUCGCGACCUGCAUUUAUAGUUGACUUUCAUGACGAACCGAGAUUUAAUUUAGAUAUAAUAUGUAUUAGAUGGUCAUGAUAUGUUGGGAGUGUCCUGCGCAGGAACGAGUGGUCAGAACUCUCGAUGGUACUCUGCUCUUACACAAUUAAUUAUAACUUAGCAUUUUUAUAAUAAUUUAGAAGAAAUUGUUAAAACACAAUUCAAGGAUAUGAAUUAUGUUGGCGUGUGGUGGAGAUUAAUUAUUAUUUUUUAUUUUUAUGAUGGAAAUCAAGAAGAUUCAAUGAAAGCGAAAUGUGACAUUCCGGUUUGUCUUAUGCUGUAUUAUGGAAUAAAAUAUCCUCACCAAA